AUGGCCAAUUGCUCGUGGACAGUUCUAUGGCUAGUUUGGAUUGCGUUGGUCGGCGUUUUAUUGUUUUGCCUUCGCGGACCGCUGAAAAUUGUGGAAUCCAUCGAAAAUGCAUCGAGUUAUUUUAACAAUCUCACUCCGAAGUUCUAUGUGGCACUGACUGGAACAAGUAGUCUGGUUUCGGGAAUUAUAUUGAUUUUUGAGUGGUGGUAUUUUAAAAAGUGAGGUUUUCGGGGGGUUUUAGCAUGAAAAAUCAGAAAAAGGGCGGGGAGGAUUACAAAAAUUAAUUUGUAUUACAAAUGUAUUCAAAGUACAUUUUAGUCAUGCAAAAAGAUUUGAAAUUAUGGGAAAAUCAAUAAUUUUGGAGGGAAAGUUUGUAAUUUUUACUAGUUUUCUCACAAAAAUUAGGCGGGUCUGAAGAAUUGUAAAAAAAUGAAAAUUUGAAAUCCUCGAGCAAAAAAAUGCUUAUUGCUAUUUAUAAUUAUGGGAAAAAUCGUGAAAUGUUUUGCUCAAAAAUCAAGUGAGCUCAAAUAAGGGAGGGUGCUGACAAAAAUUUGUAUUUGAGAAGAGAAAAGUGCACUUUUAGUCAUUUUCCACAAUGCAUUACUUUGUGGGCGCCAGAAAAGAGCUUCUGUGAGUUUUCAAAAAUCAAUCCCCUCCCCCCUCCCAAAAAUAAUAUCGAUUUUUUCCAGCAAUGCCAUCGAAACUUCAAGCGAAGAUGGAAGUGAUAAUGAAGAUUCGGUGGAAUCCACAAAAAGUAUGCCAGAAUGUAAAGUUUGGCGAAAUCCUAUGGCACUUUUGAGGGGCUCGGAAUAUGCGAGAUUCAAGAAGGAGAUGAACCUGGAGCCGCUGACCUAUUAUGAUAUGAAUUUGUCGGCUCAGGAUCAUCAGACGUGUUUUACGUGUGAUGAGGAUUCAGGGAAACCUGAUUAUGAAAGUGGGUUUUUUGUGAGGAAAUUUUAGAAAUUCAAAUGUUUACAGUAAUGCAAGUUGCAUGGCGUGAACGCGACAGUUCGCAGCGAAUCGGCGCCGCGAGAGCCGCACUCGCCAUCAAUCCAGAAUGCGCACCGGCUCUUAUUCUGCUCGCCGAAGAGGAAUGCGAUACAGUAACCGAAGCGGAAAAUAUGCUGAAAAAAGCGUUGCGAGCAACGGAAUCCGCGUUGGCCGCUUAUUCAAAUGGUCCCGGACAAAUUUCGAGUUAUGGCGAACGAAUGGGUGAUAUUUUUGCACGAAGCUCGCGACGACGCGAUAUUAACAUGCAAAUGUAUAUUAAGAGAAGGUUGGCGAUGUGUGCGCGGAAACAGGGAAGAUUGAGAGAGGCGAUUAAGAUGUUCAAGGAUGUGAGUAACGUUUUUGGGGUGGAAUCUGGAUUCAGGAGGGUUUUUUGACUAUUUUUUUGAUUAGAGCACGUUUUUUGAAGAAUUUUGAUAUCAAAUAUGCCCAGGGCACGGUUUUUUGCUAAAUUAGGUGAAGCCACGCCCAUUUUUGCAAGCCUGGCAUGGUUUUCUGAUGAAUUUGAUAUCAAUUAUGCCCAGGGCACGGUUUUUGAAGUAUUUUGAUACCGAACAUGCAUUUCUGACACGUUUUUUCGGGGCCACCCAUUUUUGCAAGUAUGGCACAGAAAAAUAUCGUAUUUAGUAUCAAAACACUCUAAAAACCAUUUCCUUCCAAAAUUUUCUAACCCAUGUCCCUUUAAGAUGUCACGAGAUGGUUCAAUGGGUGCACUUCUAAAUGUUCAAGAAAAUUUGAUCGAAGCUUGCCUGGAAAUGCAAGCCUAUGGAGAUGUUCAAGCACUUUUGGUCAGAUAUGAUGGUUAUGGAGCGCCGUGUUCUUACGGUAGGUACAGUAAAUAUUUUAAAAUUAAAAUUUUUUUUUAGAGUUGAGAGAGCCGAGAUCUGCUGUUUUGAGCUAUACGUCGGCUUUGUUGAAAGUUCGAGCGGUUGCGGAAAAGUGAGUUGAGAAUUUAAAUUUUGGCACCUAAAAACACUGUAUUUUUUUUUGCAAUUCGAGGGAGACGCAGACUUUAACGUGGGCAGACAAAUCUCUCGCCGAAAAGGGGAGAGAAAUAGUGUGUGGCAGACACACAUCGUGUCGAGACCAGCCUCUUUCUCUCUCUGUCUGCGUCUCCUCGGAAUUGCAUUUUUCUAUUAGAAAAAAACACAGUGAAAACCAAGAGAAAAUUAGUCCCAUCCUAUCCUAAGAUAAGUGCACUUAUUUCUUUUUCACAUCAAAAUGGAGAAUAAUGGGUGCUUUCAAGGCUUUUAGCGCAAAAAUGUGUUUUUUUUCUCAUGUUCAAAAAAACCUGAACAUUUUACGUUUCACAAAAAAUUUAAAAAUUUUGACCCAAAUAUGACAGACAACUUUGAUUAAAAAAUCAGGUCGCAGAAGUUUUGAGCUCAAAAUUAGCUGAAAAUCACAGAAAUUCAAUUUCGAGGUCAAACAUUUUGAAGUCGAUUUUUUUUUGAAAUGUUCAUUGUUUCAAAAUUUGCCUUUAACUUUUCAUGGUUUUUGAAAAUUUGAUGAAUAUGUUCUGAAGGUGAAAAAAUUUUAAAAUUCAAACAUUUGAAUAUACAAAAACGAAAUUCAAUCAUUAUUUUCUGUGAAUUCAAAUUUAAAAAAAAUAAAGGUUUUUUGAAUUAAAAAUGUUCACUGUUUCAAAAUUUGCCUUUAACUUUUCAUGGUUUUGAAAAUCUGAUAUAUAGAUUAAAACUAAUAUUCCGACUUGUAUCAAAUUUUCAAAAAUAAUAAAAAGUUAUGAGCAAAUUUUGAAACAGUGAAUUUUUGAAAUCCAAAAAAUUGAGUUUUACAAUUUUAGAGCUUGCAAUUAGCUGAAAAUCACUAGUCCUUGGUGUUUAAAAUUCUUGUAACCAAUAAAAUUAGAAAUAAUUAUUGAGUAGAGUAAUUUUUAAAAAUCAAGGUUUUUUAAUUAAAAAAUGUUCACUGUUUCAAAAUUUGCCUAUGACUGUUUAUAAUUUUUGAAAACUGAUAUAUCAAUAAAAGAUAAUAAAACAAAUUAAUUUUUAGACACUGCGACUAUUUUUGUUUAAUUUACCCAUCUUUUCCAGCUUCCGCUGCUCGGUCGAUUAUUCAUUACGUCGCGGAUUAUCAUCCGCCGAACAAACUGCAAUCGAAGCCCUAACCCGAGCCAUCGAAUUCAACCCACAUGUUCCAUUAUAUUUGCUCGAAACUCGCUCAAUGAUAAUGCCACCUGAACACUAUUUGAAAAGAGGCGAUUCCGAAGCGCUGGCCUAUGCAUUUUUCAAUAUUCAACACUGGAAACGAAUUGAUGGAGCACUGCAAUUGUUGAAUAUUGUCUGGAAAGGUGAGUGUCUGAAUUAUCGUUUUGAAAAUUCUCGAUUUUUCUAAUCAAAUUUUUGAAACAGUAAAUUUUUUGGUCGAACAAAAAUUUUUUUUGUAAAAAUUAAUGAACAUUUUCCAAAACUACGCAAAUAAAAUGGAAUUUAUUAAAAGUACUGUAUCUAAAAAUGUAUCUAAAAAUUUAUAGGGUUUUCAGCCAAUUUUAGUGAGUACUGUACAGUCUAUUUUAAUGCCAAAAAUCUCAAAAAAAUUAAUUUUCCAGAUUUCUCAACAAGAAUCUCAGCCAACAAUUAUUGUUAUCCAUAUUCGCCACAACUCGAAACUGCAGAUCGUGAACUUAUCCCAUCUUGGUAUGAUAUCUCUGUGUUCCCCAAAAAAGAAUCCACCCUCUGGUCACUGUUUCAAACUGUUGGAUGUAUGUUGGUGUGCGCUGGAGCGCUAAUGAUUCAUCACUAUCCGUCGAGUUCUAGUCAUUUUGCUAAUUCGGUGAGGGGGACAUACAUCAGUAUCCCCGGAUUUUCGUCCGGAGGGGGCCUGGCUAACUCUGGAAAAAAGGCGUGGGGACCGGCUAACUUUUUGAAAAAAUAACAAUUUACACCCCAAAAACCAAUUUUUUCUCUCUAUUUUUUGAAGGGGUCUGGCUAAUUUUUGUAUUUUCACAUUUCGGGGGUGGCUAACUUUGAGGCCCUGACCGGGAGAAACUGAUGUAUGGAGGGGGAAUUUGGGGGCAUUUUUUGCCACGUUUUGCAUUUGUUUUCAAAUUAAAAUUGCCUAAAAUUUUUGAAACAGACGAAAUUGUCGGAAAAUCAAAUUUUUCAGUGAUUUUGGGUUAAAUUUCGACUCAACAAUACCACUUUUUCAAAAGGAGAAAGAAUACGUUUCAAAAUUUACAUUUAUUCAAACAUUUUUGUUGUGAAUAUUAAUGCAGAAAAAAAAUGAAUUUGAAAAAAAAAAUGAAAAUUCAUCAAUUUUUAAAUUUUAAGAAAAAUUAAGUUUAUUUUUCUGAAAUCCUUGUUUUUUUUCAAAAUAAAAUUCCUUGAAGUUUUGAAACAGACAAAAUUCUAUGUGAAAAAUCGUUUUUCUAUCCAAAAAAAUUUAUCGGAAAGUAUAGGAAAAUAUUUUUUCACUGUUUCAAAAAUUACACUAAUUCAAAAAUUUGAGUUGUCAAUUAUUGAUCUAGAAAUUCUCGUAUAAUAUUAAAACUUAUGAAACUUUUUUCUUAAAAAUUAGUUUAGUUUUUCAAUUGAAAUUUAAUUUUAAAAUUCUAAAGCACGCAAUUUUUUUCUAGGAAAAUUCUUGAAUUUUUUGAAAAUUAAAAUUCCUUGAAAUUUUGAAACAGACAAAAAUCUAUGUGAAAACUCGUUUUUCUAUUCAAUAAAAAAUUAUCGGAAAGUUUUGGAAAAUAUUUUUCACUGUUUCAAAAAUUGUUUUCAAUGUUCUGGAAAUUUUUUUUCAGAAAAAUCUAUGUAGAAAAAAUAAAAAACUUUAAUUUUUUCCAGAUUCUUCUAUGCUUUGUAGCAAUCGGUGAUUGGUUCCGAGAAUUAUUCAAUCUUUGGGCACCUACAAAUAUCAUAAGCCUUUUAGCCUCAAAACAAGUUCCAGUCACGGAUCUUUAA